AUGGCUGCCAAGCGAGUCAGAUUCGACAAAGAAGCAACACUGACAAAUUUCGGGUUUCUGCCGGAAGAAAAGCCUGCUCUUGAAUGCAGCUAUGAAGUGGCAUAUCGUAUCGCAAAGUGCAAAAAGCCGCACACUAUUACCGAGGAUCUUAUCAAGCCAUGUGCGGAGAAAAUAGUGGAACUGUUGAUAGGUCCCAAAGAAAAAAGAAAGACGCAGCAAGUUCCUCUUUCCAAUAGUACAAUCCGUCGACGUAUUGAUGACAUGGCAGCCGAUGUAUGCCAACAAGUUUGCUCCGAAAUCAAGCAAAGUAAGCUUCAAGCCAGCCUUCAACUCGAUGAAUCCACUGAUACCACGCUGGAAAGUCACUUGAUCGCUUUUGCUCGUUACGAAAAAAAUGAAAAAAUAAAGGAAGAGUUUCUCUUCUGUAAAAGCAUGCCUAGCACCACUACUGCAUUAGAUGUGAAAACUAUAGUAAACGCAUUUUUUAUUGCUAACGAACUCAGCUGGUGCAAUUUUAAACAUGUUUGCACAGACGGGGCCCCAGCGAUGGUUGGCGUCAGGGCAGGCUUUGUCGCGCUUGUAAAGAAAGAAUGGCCUCACGUAACGUCUUCUCACUGCUCGUUACAUCGGUACGCUCUUGCAACAAAAACUCUACCUUCCCGUUUGCUAGAAGUCAUGGACUUCGCCGUUAAAGUGAUUAACUUCAUACGUGCGAGAGCCAAAAACCACAGACUCUUUCAAGUAAAGAAAUGGGAGAUGAUCAUGUUGGUCUUCUAUUUUAUACCAAUGUCAGAUGGCUUUCAAGGGGGAAAUGUCUAUCUCGGCUGUAUGAACUCCGGUUUGAGGUAG